ACUUCGUUCGAAGGAUUUGGAUUUUGUCUUUCUUUUUUCCAUUUCCUUUUCGACUUCAGUUAUUGUUGGUACCAUCGAACAUUCACAUCGAACGUCAAGGAAUCGAUUGAUUAGACCUAAUUGACGAGACUCAACAUCUUACGUUUUCUGUCACUUUCGCAGUUCAUGAAUCCCGGCGUCUUCUAUGAAACAAAAAAUUGAGCAAACAUUUAUGCCAGAGAAUGCAUAGACGCAAUAGUGACAUCGUGCUUUUGAACGUCGGAGGAACAUUGUUCACUUCGUCAGUUUCGACACUCGUUAGCUCUUCCUCGUAUUUUGAAAGUCGUCUAUCCAAAGAAUGGCAAGAACAGGAUACCAUCAGCGAAGAGCCGAUAGUCAUCGACCAAGACCCCAAAGUCUUUUCUAUUCUACUUUCCUACAUGCGACUGGGAUAUAUAAAUGCUGAUGAGAUCACAACACCAGUUUUGCUGCUAGCAAAAUUCUUUGGGAUUGAACAAUUAUUAAGGGCAGUUAAAGCCGAGGCAAGACGAUCGAAGUUCGAGGGCCAAAAUUUGGAGAUAUUUUACACGGCUCAAGCUGCUUUUUUGGUGACAGAAAACGAUGUUAGGAAGGAAUUUGCAUCGGUGUCCAUGUAUAAUCCCUAUUCUUUGUCUUUCGUUAACAACCCUGUUAACGAUGACGAAGAUAUUUUACUCACCGUUCCAGACUUCGUUGUUAGUGUUGAGGUUCCGCGAGAGGAUGGAACGGUGGAAAAAGUUCCUAAUUGUGUCACCUUCAUUGAUGCCCUGAACUAUUUGAACAAGUUGGGAUAUACUAGGUACGAGAAGGAUAUGCUCGAAACAACGAAACAACUUUCCUACAUCCAGGCUCGCCUUUGGUUCUCAAAGUUAAUCUUGCAUGAUGUAGAAGAUAUGGAAGUUGAUUCCAAAGAAGAUUUCUUCGCAAUGAAUAAAACAAUCAUCAAGAGCGACACUCGGGAGAAGCGAAAAAGUUACCCUAGACAAUUUUGUUGCGUGAUUGAAAAUUAUGCCCGAGAACUCGAUGAUUUUGAACGUUCCAUGCUUGAGGCACAGGUUGGAACAACAAAGACACGUCAAAUAAUAGAUCACCAUGGCGAUGAAUCCGAGGAAUUCCUGAUAAGCAACGUAGAGGUACGAAGUACUGUUCAGGGGAAUAUUCAUUCGAAGAUAAAACAAUCCAAUUGGCUCCAGAGGCAGGGAUAUAUUCACAGCGAGGCCGAGAUAGCGAAAGCAUAUGGAGUAGCAAUUAAGUGCCUGAAAGCUCACUGCGCGCCGAACAAAAUAGGCCUAGAUAAAGUUUCAAUUUGGUCUCGACCAUUGGACAAAAGCGACAUUACUUAGGCAAAUCAUCUGUUGUGUCACGACAGCACCAUAGUAGUAGAGAAGCUGAAUGAAUCGACUUCGUCAGAAGGGCCCUUUUCUUAGCAUGUUCAAGAAUGGUCAUAAUGAAGAUACUUGAUACAAGUGGUACCGUUUGAGAGAAGUAAAUACUGCAUGGCAAG